CGGCGUGGGCGGUCCGGCGCUGGGAACUGGAGGAAUUUGGGGCAGAAGCGGAUCCUUGCUUUUCGUGACAGUUCUACUGCCGAUUAAAGUCCCGAAUCUUUCAUCACGCCGAGUAGGUGACUGAUCUCAGCCAAAAAGUAUACAUUUAUUAACUGAAUAACUGAAAUUUUUUGAAAAGGUGUAAUUUAGGCUUUAACUACCAUGAUUUUCAAAGCGGUUAUCGUUCUGGCGUUGCUUGGACUCAUACGUUGCUUGGACCCAGCUACCCAGCAAAAUGCAUCAUUUAGUGUUAUAGGCCCAAAGACCUUCGCCGGGUUCUUCCGGACGGUGACCGAUGAGCCCAUUGACUACUUGGAUGUGCAGGAGGCCAGCGGAUCGGGGUUUAGCUCAGAAUCCAGGAAAGACCACAGCCCCCCGGUGGUGAAGAAGCACUACACCGUCUCUAAAGAGGCUUCGGAGUAUCUCAAGGGUUCCCUAGUGACGGCUUUCAUCCCCACCGUGUACAUUCUAAUCUUCCUCAUCAGCGUCCCGCUCAAUGGCGUGGCCAUAUUCAUGUUCGCGGUGAAGAUCAGGCCCAAGAAGCCAGCGGCUAUCUACAUGCUGAACCUGGCUGUGGCCGACCUGCUGUUCGUGCUGCUGCUGCCGUUCCGCAUCUCGUACCACCUGAACGGCAGCGACUGGGUGUUCGGGCCUGGGAUGUGCCGCCUGGUCACCGGGGCCUUCUACUGCAACAUGUACUGCUCCAUCCUGCUGAUGAUGAGCAUCAGCGUGGACCGCUUCCUGGCGGUGGUGUACCCCAUCCAGUCACUGAGCUGGCGUAGCCCCCAGAAUGCCAUGGCAGUGUGCGCGGCCAUGUGGCUGCUGUCGGUCGCCGGGGUGAUGCCGCUUCUGUUGUCGGAGCAGCUGAUUCGCCUGCCGGAGCUGGGGAUCUCCACCUGCCACGACGUGCUGGACCUCGGCCACCUGCGCGGAUACUACCUCUACUUCUUCCCCAUCUUCUGCUCCAUCUUCUUCUUCAUCCCCCUCAUCUUCACCGCCGUGUGCUACCUGCGCAUCAUCCAGGCGCUAACCGCCGUCAGCUCCGUCAACCCCGCCAAGAAGACGCGGGCGGUGGCCAUGGCGAUAACCGUGUUGGCGGUGUUCGUGGUCUGCUUCACGCCCGCCAACGUGAUCCUGAUGGCGCACUAUGUGCAGUUUGCUCGCUCGCACAGUGACGCGUCCUACGCCGCCUAUCUGCUGAGCAUGUGCAUCGGGGCGCUCAGCUGCUGUCUAGACCCCCUGCUCUACUAUUUCGGCUCGUCGCAGUGCCAGAAGCAGGCUGUCGCCCUGCUGCGCUGCCGGGACGUCCCGCAGAGAGAGAGGAGUGCUCAGUCCGCCAGCACCUGCACCAGCAAGAUGGAGUCCUUCCAGGGCGACAGGGCCAGCCAGUACAAAAAGCUGGUGGCCUGACCACGCCAGACUCUUAUUGGCUGGUGGCCUAAUCGCACUAGACUCUCAUAGACUACUUUUUUUUUUUUUUUUUACCAGAUCUGACUUAAGUACGGAACUCAUGCACCUCUUCCUAUCAGCUCUGUUCUUAGACAGAGCUAGCCUGUUAGCAUUCACUGUCAUCACUAUAGGAUACUGUCACUCUGUCUGCAUUCACCUUUAUAACUCCCAAUUUAAUGAAUGACCUGUGUAGGGGGCCUGAGUCAGACUGGGGAGACAUUUUAAUAUGCUGGUUAUAGCUAUGCGGGCCUGUUAGAUUGCAGUGUUAUGUAAAACUGCUCAUUCAUAAUACAUGAUCCACAAUAGUGUACAUGAUGAUGUUCUGCUAAUUUUAUAAGAGUAGUGCUGUUAUUGUGUAUAAUAUCUGGGUCUGGUUACCCUCAGUAUUUUGUAUUAUCACAUUUACUUGCCUGUAUUAAUCAUAUGAAUUAAAAAUGGCCCAGUGCUUUUAAAUACAAACAAAUAUAGGCUAAACUCGCCGGCUUAACUAAUUAUGUAACAACCUUGAUUGCUAACUGUGAAUCUUCCUUUUUAGUGUUGGCCAGUUAUAAGCAUACUUUGCUUUCACUACAAGUUUUGCAAGUUACAGAUAUGAAUAUCACAUUUCAUGUGUUUUUUGGUAUAUGGCCAGCAUGCAAAAAGUAUUAAAAUUGCACUGGUCAGUCAUUCCAUGUAAAUAGAAAAUAAUUUUCAGACUUGAUUAUGUGGCAUGAGAUUAUGUUACAGUUCUAAAUUUGAAAUAAAUGAAAAACAGAAUGUCAUUAAUUUUCCACAGAAUCAUUACACAUUUCUGUAAAUAAAUAAAACAUAUUUGAGUUUUCAGAUAAA